AUGUCCAGUCAUAACAAUAAUCGUCGUUCAUCUUUUUCUUCCUCAACGACGUCGUCUAUGGCCAAACGCCACCCUCCCGUCACGGCCGCUUCCGAGAACAUCCCCGGAAAAGCUUUAGCCUCUGCCAAGAAACGUCCUCCUCUCACAAACCUCACCAAUCACAAUGCUUCUCGUAACUCAUCCACUCUGGUAACUAAAGUCGCAAAGACCAAGAAAGAACCUUCAAUUUCCGGCAACAAAAAACCUACUUUUUCUAAUGUUAAAUCAGCUACGGUUGUUUUUCCGAAGGCUAUUACUACUAGUAGUACUUCCAGUUCUUUUUCCGAAAUUGUUAUUCCGUUAGUUCCUACUAGUUUCAAUGCUCCGGUUUCGAGUUCAAUGGAUUUAUCGUCCCCCGGUAAAUCGGACGGAAUGUCGGUUUCGAUGGACGAGACAAUGUCGUCUUGUGAUUCUUUCAAGAGUCCUGAUAUUGAGUAUGUGGAUAACAGUGAUGCUCCGGCGGUUGAUUCUAUUGAGAGGAAGACUUACUCUAGUCUUAACAUUUCUGAUUCUGAUUAUCCAAAAGGUAAUGUUUGUAGUAGAGAUAUUCUUGUUGAGUUGGAAAAGGGGGAGAAGAUUGUUGAUAUUGAUGAUGAUCAUGUGGAUCCUCAGCUUUGUGCUUCUUUUGCUUGUGAUAUCUACAAGCAUUUGCGUGCUUCUGAGGCAAAGAAAAGACCAGCCACAAACUUCAUGGAGAAGAUUCAGAAGGAUAUAAAUCCAAGCAUGCGUGCUAUAUUGAUUGACUGGCUAGUGGAGGUGGCUGAAGAGUAUAGACUUGUACCAGAUACAUUGUAUUUGACAGUAAACUACAUAGACCGGUAUCUCUCUGGGAAUGCCAUGAAUAGGCAACAAUUACAAUUACUUGGAGUUGCUUCUAUGAUGAUUGCCUCUAAAUAUGAGGAGAUUUGUGCACCUCAGGUGGAGGAAUUUUGUUACAUAACUGAUAACACAUACUUCAAGGAAGAGGUUUUGCAGAUGGAAUCUACUGUCUUAAAUUUUUUGAAAUUUGAAAUGACUGCCCCAACAGUUAAAUGCUUCCUGAGAAGAUUUGUACGUGCAGCUCAAGGAAUUGAUGAGGUUCCUUCACUGCAACUAGAGUGCUUGACCAACUACAUUGCCGAAUUAUCCCUGUUGGAGUACAGUAUGCUUUGUUAUGCUCCAUCACUUAUAGCAGCUUCUUCAAUUUUCCUGGCAAAAUUUAUGCUAUUCCCUUCAACGAGACCAUGGAAUCCAACAUUGCAGCAUUACACUCAAUACCAGACAUCCGAUUUGUGUGCUUGUGUAAAAGAUCUCCAUCGUCUUUGUUGCAACAGCCCUAAUUCUAACUUGCCCGCAAUUAAGGAGAAAUACAAUCAGCACAAGUACAAGUAUGUGGCCAAGAAGUACUGCCCUUCAUCAAUACCUCAAGAGUUUUUCCAGAAUUGA